CUUGUCCUCCACCACCAUGUCCGACCCAGUCUCCUCCCCUGCUCCAUCCCCCACACCCAAUUCCCCGCCUCCCAAUAAGCCCUCGAAGGAUGGCAGCAUAAUUGACUGGUACAAGAGUAGCCCGCCCCUUGAGAAGAUUCCUUGUGCACGGAAUAGCUUGUUGAGCGGCCUCGCGAGCGCGGUCGGCUUCGGCACGCUGCGUGGGAUCAGCGGGGGUCCCCUUGUCGCAGCGAACUGGGCUUUCGGCUCCUUCAUGAUGGUGUCUAUGGGCACUUGGUGGAUGUGCUGGCGCAAGUUCGAGCAGGAGAAGGAGCAGGUCCGCCUCGUCAUGGAAGCGAAUGGCAGGCGAGCGCAGCGCGAGGCGGAGGCGGCCCGCAGAGGCUCAGUGGCGGCCGAAUCUGCUGCUCCUCCAGUAUCGUAGUCAUGUGUCGCACACCCGCACCGAGUCUGCAGAUAUCAAGAGUUGUCCCAAACCUCUCUUGCGCUAUUCGACUCUUCAGCAGGUUCUUCUGCUGCAUGUAUUCGCCAUCUACGCCACUCAUAUUCAACAAUUACACUGUUUAUUCACGUAUAUUCACGCA